UUCGGUCAGUUCGUGACCAGUCGUGAUCAGUCGUCUUGCGGAGUCGUGAGAGAAUCGCGGUCGUUGGUGGUUCAGGUUCAACCGGGGGCUAAUUCCGUACGAUUGACGGCGAUACCAGGCGGCGACAGCAAUUCCGAUCGCGAUGGAAGACACAAAGAGAUUGCAGGAGUUCAUGGAGCUGGUCGGCCGGCUGAAGCAUAUGAAAAGGACUGGAUGGGUAAAACGGAAUAUACCUGAUCCUGAGACAAUUGCUGGACAUAUGUAUCGAAUGGCGAUGUUGUCGUUUUUGGUGGACGGGAAAGAAAAUUUAGACAAAACCAAAAUAAUGCAGAUGACGUUAAUUCACGACCUAGCUGAAUGUAUCGUGGGAGAUAUAACACCUUACUGUGGCAUACCACCGGACGUAAAACACAGAAUGGAAGAUGAAGCUAUGGAGGACAUUUGUAAGCUGCUAGGUGAUAAGGGACCUGAAAUACUUCAAAUAUUUCGUGAAUAUGAAAAACAGGAAUCUCCCGAGGCACAGUAUGUAAAAGACUUAGAUAGACUAGACUUGUUAAUGCAAGCGUACGAAUACGAAAAAAGAGACAACAUUCCGGGAGAGCUGGACGAGUUCUUCGUUGCUAUCAACGGCAAGAUCAGACAUCCUUUUAUUAACAAAAUUGCCAUUGACAUAACUGAAGAGAGGAGCAAGUUAUGUCGCAAUGUGAAUAUCUCAAAAUAACAAAAAUAAUAACCCGAAGACGAAAA